GUGCGAACGCACGCGAGUAAACGCGCGCGCGCGUCGUCGUCGUCGUCGUCGUCGUCGGUCGGUCUCCGUCGUCGUUCGACGCUCGCGUCGCUCGGCGCCGCGCUUUUGGUCUUCGCGCGCUCGAGCGACGCGGCGACGUACGGCACGCGCGCCAGAGCGUCGCUCGGCGACGGCAUGAACGAAUACCCCGGCACCGCGCUCGAGCGCACGGCGAACGGACGCGCGCGCGCGGCGAGCCUGAGCGAAGAGACGCUGAGCGGAGACUGGGACGCGACGGUGCGACCGAAAUUGCUCUGGGCCGCGGGACUGAAGGACCUCACGAACGUGCCGCCCGGUAAGGGCAACACCGGACACUGCUUCAACGAUUUUAAUCACGUCGACGCGACGACGAUGAUUCUCGAGCACGCCGAUAACAAAAAUCAGGGACGCGUCGCGGGGAUGGCGUAUGAUAAUCCCCUCGGCGAAGGCAUCCGAGCGGCGCGCGACGAUACCAUGGGCGAGGGCGGGUCGUGGUGCACGUGCAUACUCGGCAGCGCGCAGGAACCACCGGCAGACGUCGCGCACGUGCAAUUUCAAUCGAGAGUGGCGUGGAAGCUCGUGUGGGUGCCCGGGGCUGGGGGCGACGAUUUCUCGCGCUUCGUCCUCGUCGACGACGCGGGCGUCGAGCUCGCCACGGGCGUGCCUUCCGGGAACGUUCCGACCAAGCGCGAGCGAAGGGCGAAUUAUCAGACCGUCGCCGGCGGUCGUUACGCCACCGCCGCGGACGCGCGGUCGUCUUAG